GGGACUGUUGGAAAUUGAGUGAAGAUGGCAUUCUCAAACGAGAGGCAGCAGCUCGACCCGACAAUAUGAAUGCCGACCCUUGUGUUCGGUAGCUGUCAGCAGCAGUUCUUCGCUCAGAGGCUUACAGAUUGAUGAGGUUCCAAGGUUUCUGAAAACCAUCGAAGCGAAGACUAAGCCCGUGGAGGCCGGUUGCAGCUCAGGAAGGCUAUGGCGGGUGGGAAGAUGUGGAGACCAUUGCUCGCUCUCUGUGCUGUACUGGUCCAUGGAGUGCUCGUGGACUCUGUAAGCGUGAACAUAGUGAACAAGCUCGGUGAGCCUUUGUCAUACGACUGCGAAGCGGGAAGCUAUGCCGAUGCGAGUAUGGCACCUCCGAGUGGGACUCUGACGGAUUCUCAGAAGGUCACGAUAUACAUGGGCGUACAGGGGAGUAGAUAUUGCAAUUUCUGGUUCGAGAGCUGGAACUCAGGGGACUUGUACCAGCUCGAAUUUCACGUCUGUCACUAUCAUGCAGAGGAGCCCGAUGAUGUCUACGAAUGGACGUUUAGGAAGACUGGGAUUUAUCUCUCCGACUCCGAUUUCAAGCAUCAGUGGCGCAUCACUCGAAGCUUUGCGGGUUACACUUGGAGUAGCGAGUGAAAGCAGAGUGCGACCUUCGUCACCUACCCCGUUGUCAUGGGCAGUAUUGAAUACAGUUUUCCGACCUUGACUUCAACCUUGUGAUUGAGGAUAGGUCAAGAAUAGAAUGCGUCCUGUGAGCAUAGUUCUUAAUUUGUAUAUAGUGAGCUCCAUCUUUGCUCAAUAAGAGACUAGCCUUUUUUUCCUAUGUCUUAUCUGAGCUCCCAUCGCGGUGAUUCUUGUCUGUUAUUGCUCUGCACCCUCACAAGUUACAGAGGCCGAAUGGGUAUCUGUUGCUGAGGGAUGCUUUAGACAGAAGAGACUACAACAGAGUUUCGUUGACACUUCAACUCGUCGAUAUUCUAGUCUGUAGAUAUGGUGAUUUCAGGACGCCCUUUCUGAAUACGAGGGACGUCUCAGAUACAUGUUAUGCCUUAAGGAAAUGGCCGAAAUUAUGGACGGACCUCUAUUUUGACAGCUUUCUUCCUUGCCCGACGAGAACAGUAUCAUCUAGUCCCUUUUUUCUGGAGGUCCUGAAUAGGAAUGUCGAGUUCCAGAAAGUCGUAGAGCACUCGAAAUUCGAGUCGUUCAGUUCUGUCUAAUGAAUUUUCUCUGAAACACUCGAGCAGCGCUCACAAUGUCCACCGGGGGAGACGAUGGAAACAUCUCAGCAAAAUGUAGGAACAAGGCAAUGUGAAGCCCAGCUCGUGAAGAAGAGGAUUUUGUGUCCGUUUGCAGGAAUUGCGCAUGCUGGAAUCUAGCUUUCGUUGUAGCACCUGAGAUAUGAAAUGAUAGAUUUCAAGUUUCAUCCUGUAAAUGGGAAGCAGGGUAUCCAAGUGAAAACGUGGGGGAAUCGAGGAGAUGAAAAAUCUCAGACAGAUGACUUUCACCUCGUCAAAUAUUCUCCAACUUGUAUGAUAACACGCCUGGCUGAUGUUGGAGAAAGGAGGAGAACAUGGACUUCAGAACCCAUCUCAAGAAACUGAAGUGAGGUAUUUGUGCCCAAGGCAGACGGGGUUUUUUGUAAUUUCAAUGAACAGAAUAUAUCUUAGACCGUUUCAGAUUGAUUCUAUGAGCGAUGGUGUCAACCCAUUCGAACCCGUCCUGAAAGGUGAUGCGACUGAAGUUUCCACCUUUGCAUUCGCAUCUGAAGUCGAAGAGGAAUCCCAGAAUCAGUCUUAAGAAACGUGCUUUGACUAUUCUUGAUAUCUUCACUGAGCGUAAGAUUUUACUCCGUUGAAUCUCCAAGGUGAAACGCUAGUGUUUCUUUUUGUUGUGCUUAUUGAGGCUGUAUGAAGUGUCCCGACUUGUGUUGAAAAACUGCAUAGAUUGACCAUUUCCACACUAUCCACAGAAGCAACAUGUAGAACCACCUUCAGGUAUUAGUUUUCCACGAAAUACAUUGAUUCACAGAAGAGUCGCUAGAAUGAGAACAUGACCCCUAGUCCCGAAACUUCUUUUAUCAUAGGACCAUAUCCCCUAAAAAAGGCAUGUUUGUACUUUCUCUUCAUAUUGGAAAUGAAUGGAAGAAGAGAGAAAUAAUCUGCUC